GAUUCCCCCCAGCAGAUGUUUGGAGAUCUGGAUGACAACAAGGAAACGGAUGGCAGCCUCCUGGGUGACCCAGGGCAAACCCCUCCCGGGAAGAAGGAGAACGUGAAAUGGCAGAAGCCGCGGCUCACACGCAAAGCGCUGAUGAAAUGUUGCUUGGUGAAAUGGAUCCUCUCCAGCGCCGCCCCUCAGGGGUCAGACAAUGGCGACAGCGAGUUGGAGCUUUCGGCCAUGCGACAUCAACCCGAAGGACUGGACCAGCUCCAACUUCGAACCAAAUUCACCAAAAAGGAACUCCAGUCCCUCUAUAGAGGCUUCAAGAAUGAAUGUCCCAGUGGCCUGGUGGAUGAAGAGACCUUCAAGCUUAUCUACGCCCAAUUUUUCCCCCAGGGAGAGUCUCGGGAUCUUUUUUACAACGUGGCAACCAAAACUGGAUGA